AUGAAAGCACUCCUCGCACUCUGGCUGCUCCUGGCGGUCCCUGCGCUGGGGGACUUAGAUAUUUCAGUUGUCCAUUGCAAAUAUCACCUUUCCCGCUGCAGACACUCCCCAACGAUGCGACUAAGCAAGUCGCAUGCCCAACAGCCUGCCACCAAGGGCUUCGGGCAAGUCUUCCAUAGUCCAAAAAAGCGACGCGACAGUCAUAAAACCUCAACACAGGUCACGUAUCUCGGACAAGCAGAUAAACCUCGUCGUGCGCAGGAAGUUCUGGCCAGACUUCUGGCAGACCCUGGGGAGGAGGAAGAUGAUGAAGGGGGAGAUGACUGUGAGGGAAGCAUGGAGGUUCCAGGAGAUCUGGGCAACUCAGGGUCGGGCUUCGCUUGGGGGGAAGGGGACGGGGACGGGGAUGGGGAUGACUUCUCCAUGCCAGAUAAUGGGAUGGACGUGGACUUGUGUCCUAGCACCCCUCAAAAAUCCGAUCCGAUACCACCAAAGAUGCCCAUUCCUGCAAAAGUACGACACACUGGCCCAGAUGCAGAGGCUAACCUCCUUUACCAGCAGUGGCAGGCUCUCAUUCCCCGCCUCGUGUCCCUGUUCCUUUCCUUCAUCUCAGCUACCCAUGGAAAAAAGACCUUUCCCAUCGAUGGGGGGGAGAUUGUUCAGGACACCUUCUGUCGAGGCCUAGGUCAUGCCAUUCAGUGGUAUGACAGCCUGCAAGUUCAGAUUGAACAAGAACUUAAAGCAGCGACUGUGGCUGGUGACGCCGCCACUCCUUGCUCCUCGGAAACCAACCCGGCUACCAUCACCACCCCUGAGGCACCCAUACCCAAACAGUUGACCCCUGAUUACAGUCUAGCAGAACCUCCUCUGUCCCUUGUCGAGUUGACUCCUGAUGACAGCCCACCCGAACCUCCUGUGCCCUUGUCGAGUGCGCGAGGGUUCUACAGCAACACUGUCCAGCUUGCUUUGGAUUGCGGACAUUUGGGUGUUCAGGAGCAAUACUAUGCUGACCAGGAUGUUCCCAGAGGCACUGAUUUCAUUAUCGCCCCUGAUGGCAAUUUCAGCCAAUGCCACAGAAAAGAUGUGGGCGAUUGUCCUGAGUUCUACAGGCCAGAAUACUUUCUUACCAAGGUGUAUGUCGACAAUGUUGGAAAAUGCAUCACGGAGGCGCAGGGCCAGCUUCCCCAAGCUUGCAAAGCUGCCAAAGUACCAGAUAAAGCAGUGGACGAAUGUGAAGAUGGGCAUGACUCCGGCAGUGGGUCGACCAUCAAAACGAAUAUGGAUCACUAUGACGAUGGAGGAGUGAUGGCUCUUGUUUGCUGCCAUGAUGCCCCCCUCUUCCUCGCCAACAUUGACACUCCUGGUGAGCAAGCCAUGGUGACCAUUCUCUAUGAUGUUGCGUGUGUUCUUGAUCGCAGCCUUAACUUGUGGUCGUGCCAACUCAUCUACAACCCACAUAUUCGAGAAGGACCCAGCCUUUCUGAUGGGGAGGGCGUGGAGCGUUUUUGGUCCCAUUUACGCAAAAUGAUUGGUGUGACUUCGGUUUCAGCACGACGACGACACAUCUGGAUGCUUGAUUGUCAAUCCCGUUCCAUAGGAGCUGAGCUACAGGAUGACCUCGGUGAUUGGAUCCGGCGGAGACUCAAGACCAUCGCAACUAAAGAAAAUGAGGCACGGAAGAUGUUGAGCAAAUGUGGUGUACCAUGUUUGAAGGAGAAGGUCGAACAACUCUAUGCAUCAUUAAACAUUCAGGACUCGUUCCCUGAACUCAAGGAUAUCGACCUAGACUUCGUAAAACUCUUGGUGCUAGCACGUGAUCUCAAAAUAAACAUCCGCAAGCAGGCCAUUGGGAGUUUUUUUGAGUGGGAUCGGUUGGAUCAAGCCGCUGGGGGAUGUCAACAUGCUAUCGGCACAAAGAUUCACCAAAACACGCGAAAUGCAAUUGCAAAAUGCAAGCCAGCUCUUCUCAGGUCUAUUCGAAAAUUCAACAACUACUGUGAACAACUAGCUGCAAUGUACCGACCUGAUUGGGAGCUGCCACUCCCAGACGCUCUCCCUGUCAAACUCAAUGACUUGCGCAACAGCCCGUUGCUCAUGGAGGACAUUUGGAUCACUUGUACCACGCUGGAGGUUCCACAUUGGCUUCAGGAAGUUGAGGUUUGGGUGGGAAUACAAGCAAUGUUAAAGCUCGAUCACUGCUUGGAGGAAUGCCGUCGAUUAGGCGUUGAGGCGGACAAUCUUUGCUGCUGGUUUGGACGGGAGCUCCUCGCCCUUGAAACAGCCGUGUUGUCACCUUCCAACCAAACUAUCCAGACACUUCUCAAGAGCCGUUGUGAUCACCUGAUCUCACUCAAGUCUCGUUGGAGCAAUACACUUGCUUCCAGCCCUAGGUUCGACACACAUGUUCAGGCUGCCUUAAAAAUCCGACACCAGGACCCUACCAAUGCCAGCGUGACCUCGCCUUCACCUGAUCCAUUAAUGAUGACCUGGCUACAACUGCUGACACAAGAUGUCGGUGAACUCACAUUUGCUGAUCCGGUGUAUCAUACCGCCGAUCUUAUAAACCUGGACGACAUGCCGACGGAUACAGGGGAAAUCCUAUUUGGCAACAUGAUUGAUGCAGAAGUUGAUGAAGAUGAUGAAGAUGAGGCACCACCCCCUCAAGAUAAUGAACCAUUGACGGAAAUCCCCCAACUCACAGAAACCGGUGCCGAGUACCCCACACGGAACCCAACCUAUACGUUUUUGAGGUGGAUGACAUCAUACGCCUCAAAACCCCAGGGUCUUGCCUCAAUGAUGUUUGCCUCAACAGCACAGCUGCCCUCCUUCAACACUGGUGGUCUCACCCCAGCGACCAUUACGAAGCAGACAGUCAACAUUUCGCCGACAUGGAAAUGGGAGAUAGGUGAAAUUAUGCUCUUGAUCACAUGUUUGGUUCUUGCAUCCAACCAUGAGGGACAUCCCCUGCACGUCAUCACUGAAGAAGGGUGGACCACGCAACCUCUACUGUUGAAUGCCGUCCAGAAGGAUGCCUUCAGCUGUGGAUUGUGGGUUCUUGCUGCCAUUGCAGCCGUCUUAAGAGGGUGCCAUAUUACAGGCUUGAAGGAGGGGGAAAUAGAGACAUUCAGACGGGCUUUGCUGAACUAUUCUGACGAACACACACUGCAUUUCAUUAAGGUCACGACAUUGGAUACUCAUGACAUCUGA